AUGCACAAGAAAAAGCAAAACGAACAUGGAACAAGCAAGCAGGAGAUUAUUAACAUAGGAACAGAAUCUUCCAUAUUUCAAGAGAAGCAGAGACCUGCGAAGACAGACCAGAGAUCUACUAUGUGGAGAGAAGAACAGAAAAAGCAGGAACUGAAAGUUCACAGAACAUUGCACCCGCAGCUCAGGACAGGGAUCGAUGUGGGCAAAGGAACAGAUCCCUGGUUGACAACAUGGCGAAUGAUAACUGUCAUCCUAGCAACCUCAUGCAUUAUUUUGGUUACAAAAGUGGGCUUCUUGAUUCCAAGCUUAUUUUCUAGAGGAGAAAAGCAAAGCAGAAAGUUCUCCCUUCUUGAUGCUCUAUGUUUCAAGAAAGAUGACUGGUCCUGUGAUCUUUGUUCCUCUGACUGGAUUGCAUUUGGGAACAAUUUCUACCGAGUUUUUUGUGAAACCAAAACCUGGGCAGAGAGUCAGUCUGCCUGUGAGGAGCUGAAUUCUCAUCUUGUGAUCAUAGACUCCAAAGCAGAGUUGGAAAAUUUGUUAUUGUUUGAAAUGGAUGGGUGGAUUCUUCACAAAAUGGAUGGAACUAACAGGUCCUGCUUGUGGGGGAAUGACAUUAAAAUACAGAAUACCCUAAUUAAUGAUUCAGAAAAGAAGAAUUAUAUCUGCAAUUAUCUGUGA